AUGUCGACAGACAAGAAGGAUGCCACCGGAACGAGUUCCUCGUGGGCCGUGACGGAUGAUACAAAACUUCGACCUGCCUUUUUCUCAUUCAAGGAUGUUGAAUGCAGAUUGAAGGUUAGAGGAGAAUGGAAGCAAUUGUUGGCAGGUGUUAGUGGUUAUGUCAAACCUGGUGAAUCUUUGGCCAUUAUGGGUCCAUCCGGAGCUGGUAAAAGUACCUUGCUGGAUGUAAUUUCCUUCAGAAAAACCACUGGUGAAUGGACUAAUGAUGUCCGCCUAAAUGGAGCACCAUUAACUCGUCGAGAAUUCAUUCAAAACAACGGUUAUGUUACCUCUGAUGAUUUGUUGCCACCAGAGUUGACUACUCGUGAAGCCUUGGAAUUCUGUGCAGCUCUCCGUUUGCCUGAGAGCUGGACUGCUGAGGAAAGACGCGCACGUGUCGACGAUGUCUUAACUUUGAUGCAACUUAACUAUGUCGAACACAACAAGAUCGGAUCAGCUUUGGUCCGUGGUCUUUCAACCGGUGAACGAAAGCGUGUUAAUGUUGCCGUCGAAAUGUUACCAGUAGCAUCAGUGUUGUUCUUGGAUGAACCAACUACUGGUUUGGACAGUGCAACUGGUCGUGCUAUUAUUGAAAACGUCAACGAAGUGGUCCGCCUCCGUAAACUGGCCUGCAUUGCUACCAUCCAUCAACCCUCGUACACCGUCUUGUCACAAUUUGACAACCUUUUACUUCUAUGUCCUGGUGGAAAGACAUGUUACUUUGGUAGAACCGCUGACGCCAUAUCUUACUUUGAAAGGUUGGGUAUCGCGAUUUCUGGCAAUCCAGCUGAAACAUAUGCCAACGAACAAGCUGCUCAACCCGACUUCCUCAUUUCGUCAUGGAAGGCAUCUUCAGAAUGUGCAGCUCUUGAAAAGAGAAUCAACGAUAUUCACUCUGGUCAAGGCUCCAUCAGCAACUAUGAAGCCUUCCACUUGAAGCAAGCAACAUUCUGGGAAUCAAUGGGCUUCUACCAACUCGCAUCCAGUCGCCUCCAAUUCUAUCAUUUGUUUGUCCGUCAGUUGACAAUUUACUGGCGAAACCCUCUCAUGUCCACAACCCGAUUUAUCUCUGCCAUCCUCGUCGGUCUCUUCUGUGGUGGUGCGUUCUAUGGACAAGAUUCUGGUUUCUACGGUCACGUCGGAAAAGGCUCUCUUGGUUUCACUAUUACGCUCAUGGUUCCCGGAUUCGGUUCGGCUGCUAUUGCAUACUGGCUCGAACGUAGAAAGCAAUACUACCACGAAGAGGCUGCUGGAUACUAUAACAAGCUUUGGUACCUGCUCGCACAAUAUGUCGUCGAAGUGGUUUUCUCUGGCACUAUGUGCUGUUUGGUGGCAUUGAUUGCACUACCUAUGGCUGGAUUUGACAACAAGAACUUGGCCGAAAAUGCUUUCACUCUAUAUCUGGAGGCUAUGUGUGUCUCGUCGCUAAACAUGAUUUGUGCAUACAUUGCUGGAUCUAUUCCAUACGCCAACGCAGCCUUCACCAUCCACUACUUCUUCUUCCUGUUCUGGACUAGUAUAUACUGUCCAGACGACUUCAUCUUGCCCAGAUCUUCACCCGUAAAAUACUUUUUCGCAUGGCUAUCAUACGAUCGUCUGUGGUUCUACCCUCUCAUGAGAAACGAAUAUCUCGGCCACCCCGUUACCUGCUCCAAAGACGAAUUAAUACCUCUUGAUGUCAACACUGCCUUAUACCAAGGAUUAGGAGACACCGCACUAGCCAUGAGCAUAACAGCUGCCCCAUCUCUAAACGCAUCUCUGUCCCCGCUGAAACACAUUGUCUUUGCAACAACAGCCCAGAACGCAUCUCUUGCUCAAUUAUUUACACUGGCCGCAAACGUCAAAGGUGCCACAGCCGCAUCAAACGCAGCUGCUGGUCUCUCUGCUACGACACAGACGUAUGCCACGAACUACCUCAACACUGCAUUAAGCGCUUACGCCACAUAUGCUGGUCUUGAUGCAACCAACACCCCAGCUGUUGUUCAGUCUGUAGCUCUCGCUUCUACUGCCCAAAGCGAGUUAGCUUUAGCAGCCCGUCUCAUCGCUGCGCCAGUCCCAACAGUGGAUUCCUGCCUAAUUACAGACGGAGAAAGUGGCCUCACAGCCAUCACUCACAUGACCAUAUACACCACAUUUGCAAACGGCUCAGUCUCUGGUAAGGAUAUCGACCACUGGGAUGUCACGCCCAAUGGCUUGUUGUAUGGUUUACAGGUCGUCUACGGUGUCUUUUACUUUGUGUUGGCUUGGGUCUCUCUUCGGUCUUGCAACUUUAGACAAAAGUAG